AUGGCGGUGAAAGAUGAUUAUCAAGAUUUUAAAAAUGCUUUAAAUGAUUUAAAAAUAAAUAGUAAACCAUUAAUUAACUUUUUAACAAUACUUGCUGAAGAAAAAAUACAAAGCGCACCACAAAUUGUACGCGCUAUUGAAGAACGUAUACUUGAAACUAAAGGUGAUUAUGUUUUACCUGUACUAUAUGUACUUGACUCCAUAGUAAAAAAUUUACGUUCAACAACUUAUAUUCAAUUAUUUGAAAAUAAAUUACCUGUUAUUUUUGCUAGUGCUUUCAAUAAGGUUGAUGAACGUACACGUUUAGCUAUGUUUAAACUUCGUCAAACCUGGCCACCAUAUUUUACCAAUUUAACACUGCAUAAUCUCGAUACAAGAACACAUUAUAUCGAUCCAGCAUGGCCAAUAACAGCUCGAGUACCUGACUCAUCUUCAUCUGCACCAAAUAUUCACAUCAAUCCAGAUUUUAUUCAACGAACUAAAACAACUUCGACACAACCUGUUAACCAACAAAAAUUACCUUCAAAACAGGAAGAUAAUGAUCGAAUUAUAAAUCAAACAACUACGAAAAAUGCUGAUAUGCCAUCAAGAGAUGAUACAUAUCAUAUGAUACCAAUUGAUCGAAAAGAACAAAAUCGACAAGAAACAGAACAAAUAACGAAUAAAGAUAAUGAUGAUGAACAACAAUCAAAACUAAAAAAUUUAAAUAUAAAAAAAGAUAAUGAAGGAAAAAUUGCUACGAAUAAUAAUCAAGAGAUCUCAUCUGAAGAAAUAUCUAACAAUAAAUUAUCUGGUGAGAAAAAUGUUUCUGUUACAAAUAAUACUACUGAAAAUGAUGAAGAAGUAUUAUUUGGUGGUACUGAUAUAGAUUAUCGAGAUACAGAUGUAACAACACAACCAAAAACAACGACAAAUCUUGAUACAGAUCGUUUAUUUGAAUUAAAUUCAAAAUGCUUGUCACUUGCUGAGCAAAAAUUUAAAUCAAAAGAACUUUCCUCAGAAGAAUACCAAGCAACACUUAAAUUACUUCAAAAUAUACUUCAAAAUGAAGUUCAAAGACUUACUGUACCAUCAACUACAACUUCAUCAUUAAUCAAUAGUAGCAAUCAUUCAGUUACAACUACUCUUUCAAAUACGGUUCCAUCUAUUACUACUACAACAUCAAGUAAUCCAUUUCAACAAACAACACUUCCGUUUCAACAACAACAACAAUCUCUUCAAUUUUCUCAACAACAUGCAACAACAACAUCAGCAUUAUCAUUAUCAGCAUUUCCAUUCGCAGGUUUUGGUAAUGAUACUCAACGUCAUGCAAUGCAAAUUUUAGCUGCUGUUGGCGCUUUAUCAUCAUAUGCAUCACAUAAUAAUAUUUUACCUUAUAUUCCACCAUUACCACCAGCUCCACCUCCAUUUACUCUUGUUCCAAACACAUUUCCAUCACAAGUCCCCUCGUCAACAACUGGUCGUCUAAGUCCAUCAGUAAAACGUCCACAUGAUGAAAAUAGUAAUAACAAUAAAAAAAAAAAUAAUAAUAAUAAUCUUCAUUCUGAUGAUAAUAAGAAACGAAAAUGUUACGAUUCAACAACGACUCAUACUAUACGUUCACAUAAUUUUGAUGAUGAAAAUAUAGCGCUUGUACCAUCACUGAUUGAUGCUAAUAUUAAUACAUUAAAAAAAAAAUAUACUGGUGUUAUUCAACAAUUAUAUGUUGGUAAAUAUCAAUGUCGUUUAUGUGGACUUCGUUUUACAGCUAAACAAAAACAUUUAUAUACUCAUCAUCUUGAUUGGCAUUAUUGGGAAAAUCGACAAGCAGCAACACCAACUGCAUUAUUAGAACGUUGUAGAGAGUGGUAUCCAUCUUUACAAGAAUGGACGAUUUAUGAAGAAAAUAUUGAUGAACAGAUACGAAAUAGUCAAAUGAUGUUAACACAAAAACGUCAAACUAAAGACAUAGACACUAAAUCAUCAUUAUCAUCAUCAUCAGAAAUUAUUUCGUGUUCAGCAAAAGAAAAUGGUGAUACUGAUGAUGAUGUAAGUGAAAAAAAAAUAAUAAAAGAUGACCCGGAAUUUUCUAGAACAAAUAUUUGA